AUGAACAGAAGGUGGAUACAGAACCCGAAUAGAUGCGCAGACGAAUACUUGGACGAAAUCGAGGAUUUUAUUGAGUUUGCACGUACACACAACCCAGUCUCCGAGGGCACUCUGACUGUCUCUGGGAGCAACGAUGUUUUGACCAUGGCUUUGGGAACACCUGAGCAUGGUGGGAGGGUCAGAGGUGUUGGAGCUGGGGUUUCCCCAACUCAAUUCUUCAAUUUGCCGAGACAGCAGAGAGUAAAAUUUGAUGACAAAUUGAAGGAAAGUGUUAUGGCAGCAGUGAGAGAGGAAACCAAAAAGAUGGAGGCUAGGGCAAAGGAAAGUGUUAUGGAGGCAGUCAGAGUAGAGAGGGAAAUUAUGUUGAAACAAUUCAGUCAACUAAUUCCCAACUUUGAUCCCAACAUGCUCAGUAAAAUUCCAACUACACCAACUACACCAAUUACUCCAAUUCCUCCAAUUCCUCAAGAGCAAAGCCCAAAAAAUCCAAUGUCUGACAAAGCAAGCUGCUCUAAUGUGAGAGCCCCUGAAUUGGAUGAAGACAAUCCCAUGAAUGAUGCUAAUGCUGAUGCUGCUGAAAACCGUCAAGAUCAAACUGAUCUGUCAAAGCUUGACAUGCCAGCUCCUCUGUUAGCCCUAUGCCAAUAUGUCGAGACCAAGUUAAAGCCUGCUAACGAGACCAUUACAGUUCACAUGCCUGAGGAAAUGUUUGGCACUGAUCAUGAUACCAGGCUCUUGAGUGAAGACAUUUUACAAUUUGCUUCCAUGGUUGCGAUUAGAGCCACAGUGAUUGCAGUAUACAUGAGGUACCUAUUUGACUAUUUAAAAAUGGCAAAUAUGGUAAAACUUGUUGGCCUCGUGGACCCUGGACAAGUCAGCUCUCAAUCUGGAACGUUAUCUCACUGCUCAAAACAUCUCUCAGAAAGCCUGAAAAAGGCAGAUGGGGAUCAAUUUUACUUGGUGCCUUAUAAUCCAGGGGGUCAUUGGGUGUUAAAAAUUGUGAGACUAGCUAAGGUGACUGUCUAUUACAUGAAUUCAUUACCAAACCGCUCUGUUGACGAGGACAUGAGAAAUAUAGUGAAUACAUUGGGUAUUUUCUCUGAGCUCUCUUUCAAAGCAUUGGGUAUAUUCUCAGAGCUCUCUCAAACAUUUGAUAUUUUCUCUCAGCUCUCUCUUAAUAUCCAUGGUUCUUUGAAAUGGAAUGGGGAUGGAAGAAUUAGGCUUUGGUUUUUUGUAGACCACAACAACGUGUGUGAGAUGGAUAAGUCAUGGAUGCAUGCGGAUAGAAGAUCGAAGGCAUAUGAGUUAGGUGUGGAAGGAUUUUUGAAUUUUGCUGUAGAAAAUCUUUUAAAUACAACUCAUAUUCCUUGUCCAUGUGUUAAAUGUGGGAAUAUUCGAUUGUUUGGAGUUGGAAUUAUAAGGGACCACUUCUACUUUAAUGGAAUUGACCAAAGCUAUAAGAUUUGGACAUGGCACGGAGAACCUUUGGAAUGGACUACUAAUGCUAGUAGAAAUGUGGAAGAGGAUGAGCAAUGUGGGUUCAGUUUUGUUUCUGAAGAAGUAGGGAUGGAUGAUAAUGAUUUAGGCGAUAUUGGAUUUGAUCCUUAUGAGUUUGCCAAUGUGAUUGGGGAUGGAGAUCGACCCUUGUACCCUGGUAGUAGUAAGUACACGAUGUUGUUGGCUUUGAACCGUACUCGUUCGGAAGGUUGCAUUGCUGAACGGUAUAUAGCUAAAGAAGCUGUAGAGUUUUGCACCGAGCAUUUAUCUGAAGUUAAUACAGUUGGAGUGCCUUCAAGCCAGAAGAUGGGAGUUUCGAAGCCAUUAUCAGGUUGCACAGUAAGCUUAGUUGAUCGAGACUUGUUAAACCAGGCACAUUUAUAUGUCUUGGAGAAUACGGAGGAAGUCUUGCCUUAUAUCGAGGAACAUAUGAUCCACAUCAAGACCACAUAUCCAAAAUUUAGAAAGAGAACAAAGUGGUUGCAAGAUAAGCACAAUAGCACUUUCAUUCAAUGGCUCCACUUUAAGGUUCAAAGUGAACUUAAUGGGGAAGAGAAUAAUGACGUAUCAAAAAAUUUGAGGUGGCUAGCAGCUGGUCCAAGCAUGGCAGUGCCAUCAUAUAGGAGCUAUCUUAUUAAUGGUAUUAAAUUUAACACCAAGGCACAAGAUGAUGUGCGAACUAUCCAAAAUAGUGGAGUUUAUUUACUUGCACAUACUAUGCAAGUUGCUAGUGCCAAGGAUAAAAACCUUAUUGUCUCCAAUAUGGGUUUUUAUGGUCUUAUUCAAGAAAUUUGGGACCUUGGCUACCAAAAGUUUAGAAUCUCAAUCUUGAGGUGUGAUUGGAUAGAUAACACUUCGGGCCUUGUAGUCGACGAACUUGGAUUUACCCUUGUAGAUCUGAGUAAAAUUGGACAUAGGAAUGCCCAAUUUGUUAUGGCUUCUCAAGUCAAAUAA